CUUCUUGUUCCGGAAGUAGCCGACAAACCGCUCGUGAGCGCCGAAGCACAAGAACGAAGAUCAAACAAACCCUGAAGCUGAAUUAAUUCAGUUCCUCUUCUGGUUUGAGCUGCGCGAGUGUGACUGGACGAGUUAGCUGCAAGCGAAGAGCAACGAGUAGCGGGUGUUUCUGCAGAGUCCGGUCCUCUGUGGCUGCUGCUGCCUUUCUGGUGCAUUAUAGACGGUGCACAUAGACGAGCUGCGAGGCACCGGCGGUGUGAAGUUACUUCCUGCUCUUUGGUGGCAGUGAAUUAACGUGAGGAACUGACGCGAUGGAGCAGAACAACAGUAUACCUCCCUUCCAGGGGCAGGCAUCCCCCCAGGGGUCCAUGACGCCAGGCAUGUCAAUGUUCAGUCCUAUGAUGCCUUAUGGCUCGGGCCUGACACCCCAACCUGUCCAGAACACCAAUAGUUUGUCCAUACUGGAGGAACAGCAGAGGCAACAACAGCAGCAACAGGCACAGCAGGCAAACGCAGGCCUUCCUGGAACCUCGGGGCAGACGCCUCAGCUUUACCAUUCCCAGACGGUUGCAGGCUCGACCACCACUGCGCUGCCGGGAAACACCCCGCUCUACAACACUCCGCUGACCCCCAUGACCCCCAUCACACCGGCCACACCCGCCUCGGAGAGCUCCGGAAUAGUACCACAGCUACAAAACAUCGUAUCUACUGUAAAUUUGGGCUGUAAACUGGACUUGAAGACCAUUGCCCUGAGAGCCAGGAAUGCAGAGUACAACCCAAAGCGUUUUGCUGCAGUCAUCAUGAGAAUACGAGAACCCAGAACUACAGCGCUCAUUUUCAGCUCUGGGAAGAUGGUGUGCACUGGAGCUAAGAGUGAGGAGCAGUCACGGUUAGCUGCCAGAAAAUACGCUCGUGUGGUGCAGAAGCUCGGUUUUCCUGCAAAGUUCCUGGACUUCAAGAUUCAGAACAUGGUGGGAAGCUGCGAUGUAAAGUUCCCCAUUCGGCUGGAAGGAUUAGUCCUCACACAUCAGCAGUUUAGCAGCUAUGAACCAGAGCUGUUUCCAGGACUGAUUUACAGAAUGAUCAAACCCAGAAUUGUCCUUCUCAUCUUUGUCUCUGGAAAAGUAGUACUCACAGGUGCCAAGGUGAGAGGAGAGAUCUAUGAAGCAUUUGAAAACAUCUAUCCCAUCCUGAAAGGCUUCCGCAAGACAACGUAGAACCUGCAGCUCCUUCUUUUCCCUUUAUCAUCAAUACUUUGUACUUUUUCUUUAAUUCACAAGAAGAAUUGUCUAUAUUUUGACCUCUACAGGUGGACUGCUGUAAGGACUGUUGUACAGGGAUGUGAGUUGUCUAAUUAUCUUUUUUUUUUUAUUAUUCAUCCAGUUUUUUUAUACAGUUUUUUUUUUUUUUUUUCUUGCUACGUUUGAUUGCAAGAAAUGUAAUUUUUAUUACACAGACCUCGUCAUUUGUUUUCAACAUUUUUUUUUUUUUGCCCUUUUUAUUUCCAGAUUUUGCUGCACCCAUCCCUGAUUGUAAAUAAGAUUGUAAAGAAAUGUAUAAAGCGCUGAUUAGCAGAGAAACAGUCUGAUUUUGACUGUUUCUAGUUUUUAUUUUAAGCCAUUUUAAAUCGUUUUGUACGUUGCAUUUUUAUAAAUUGCCCUCUUGGUCCCGGAUUAUAACGAGACCUGUCUAGGUCUGUCAACCCCACGAUGCUCUCGACAGUUUGAAUGCUUGAAGUGCAUUUCCCUCUAAAUUCAAACAUGUUAACAGGAGAAAUACCGUCUAGUCUGUUAAUCUGUAACUGAAGGGGGAUGCUCUUAAAUUUAGAUUUUAAAGAAGUUAAACUAAUUUGAUCCAAUUCCUGCUACUAAAGUUGUCCUCAGGUUGUUGCUUAAUUCAUUACAUUGGUACUUCUAAAUCAAGCUGAACAUGAAGAACAGGAGGUGUUGAUUUGAAGGUAGACGGCUUCUUUUACUUAUCGUAACCUUUAGCAUUUUCUGUUUUCGAGGAGCACUAAAAGGUGUCUGAUAAACUGAGCAUUGUUUUGCCAUCUUUAUGUAUGUUCAAAAUCCUAUUUAAAUUUUUAUUUUGAAGAAUUAUUUUUGUGCUGAGGAAAACGGGAUUCUGUACCGGUUGUGCAUACUGUGUGCUCGGUUUCACAUUUUCUCCAAAAGGUUGUUACAAUUUUUGGCACUUCAUGGCGAGUUGGUCGUGGUGACCGUCGGUUUCCAUCUGUGCGUCUGUAUGAGCAGCAGAAGAGAUUGGGGGUGUUAAUCAAUACGUUCCUCUGUCCCUGGGGUUCAGCACCAUGAGGCCAUGUCACACAUUUCAAAGCAAUUGUUAUUCUGAAAUUGUUACCGUGCAUCAAUAAAUGUGUACAUGCCGGC